GAAUAGUGAAUAAAUAACUAAUACAAAAAGUAAUAAUAGAGGUUGACAAGUGGACAUGUCAGAAUUUAUUGUGAAUAUGUGAAAAUAGUUAAUUUAUAUAUUUCUUUACCUUUAAAAUUAAAUUUGAGAACAAUGAUUAGUUUCUUAUAUAUAUUCCUGUUAUUAUGGAUUCAACCUUCCCAACAAUUUUAUGUGCCAGGAAUGGCCCCAGUAGAAUUCAAAAAAGGUGAUCCUAUAGACGUAAAAGCGGUGAAAAUGACUAGUAUCCAUACGCAAUUACCAUAUGAAUAUUAUUCACUUCCAUUUUGCAUGCCAAAAAAUGGGUCAGUGCACUACAAAUCAGAAAAUUUAGGUGAAGUUUUAAGAGGAGAUAGGAUAGUAAAUACUCCUUAUGAUGUUAGAAUGGCUGUAAAUACACCAUGUACAUUUUUAUGCCAAUCAUUGGCAUCACCUAUGCACUGGAGUACAGAAGAAUCACACACAGUUGCAGACCGAAUACAACAUGAAUAUUUUGUGCAUCUACUAGUUGAUAAUUUACCUGCUGCCACUAGAAUUUUUAAUCCUGAAACCAAUGAAGUUCAGUUGGAGCAUGGUUACAGACUUGGAAAUGUAGUUAGUGAUCAGGCCUACAUUAAUAACCAUUUAAAAUUGAUUCUUUUUUAUCAUAAUCCUAGUCCAAAUGUCUAUCGAGUAGUGGGUUUUUAUGUAGAGGCAAAAUCAGUGAGCUUAAAUGAUUUAAAAAUGAACAAUGAUAAAACAUGUUCAUUUCCAAAUAAGCCUAGAUUUCAAACCGUAGAUCCAAAAUCAGGUACAACAUUGCUGUUUACUUAUGAAGUUCAAUGGGAAAAUUCCCAAAUCAGUUGGGCUUCUAGAUGGGAUACUUAUUUGGCAAUGAGUGAUGGACAAAUUCACUGGUUUUCAAUUAUAAAUUCAUUAGUAGUUAUUUUUUUCCUGUCAGGAAUUUUAACGAUGAUUAUUAUAAGGACUCUGAGGAGAGACAUUGCCAAGUAUAAUGCAGAUGACUCAAUCGACGAUGCUAUCGAAGAAACUGGCUGGAAGCUAGUACAUGGAGAUGUUUUUAGACCACCCAGGAAUACGAGACUUUUUGCUGCUGUUAUUGGGUCGGGGAUUCAGAUUUCAUUUAUGACGUUUAUCAUUAUUUUUUUAGCUAUGUUAGGAAUGUUAUCUCCCGCAUCUCGUGGAGCCCUUACAACAGCCACCCUAUUUCUCUACUGUUUUAUGGGUUUAAUAGCGGGUUAUUUUUCGGCUCGACUUUACAAGACAAUGAAAGGUCGCGAAUGGAAGAGGGCAGCCUUCUUGACGGCAACUUUGUACCCUUCUAUAAUAUUCGGAACCUGUUUCUUUUUAAACUUUUUCAUUUUGGGAAAGGCCAGUAGUGGUGCGGUACCUUUUUCGACGAUGGUUUCAUUAAUUAUGAUGUGGUUUUGUAUUUCACUGCCCCUUGUCUAUUUGGGUUACUAUUUUGGCUACAGGAAACAACCAUAUCAACAUCCUGUAAGAACGAAUCAAAUUCCUAGACAGGUUCCUGAUCAACAUUGGUACAUGAAUCCGGUUCUUUGUAUGCUAAUGGCUGGAUUGUUACCAUUCGGAGCUGUUUUUAUAGAAUUGUUUUUUAUCUUCACCGCAAUAUGGGAAAAUCAGUUCUAUUACUUAUUUGGGUUUCUCUUCUUAGUCUUUAUUAUCCUGGUGAUUUCUUGUUCCCAAAUAGCGAUCGUUAUGGUCUACUUUCAGCUUUGUGGAGAGAAUUAUCACUGGUGGUGGCGCAGUUUUAUAACGUCUGGAGGUUCAGCCUUUUACAUUUUAAUUUAUUCAUUAUUUUAUUUUAUGAACAAACUAGAAAUUACCGAAUUUAUUCCGACAUUACUAUACAUUAGUUACACGUUACUUAUAGUCAUAACAUUUUGGCUGCUGACAGGAACGAUAGGUUUCUUUGCAGCCUACACUUUUCUUCGAAAAAUUUAUUCUGCUGUGAAAAUCGAUUAAUUUCUCGGUUGUGACUUAAAACUAGUGCAUUUGAACGCUUCAGUGUGUGACAUGUUUGUUUAUAAUAAAUCAAUAUCGUAAAUUGAUAAAUUAUAAUUAUUAAUAUUGCGAAAGUUGCAGUGAAGAUAACGACUUUGUUUCUUGAUUUUCUGUGCAUGAGACGAAUGAACGGCUACAAGUUAAUCUUUUUUUAAAUAUGUAUAUCUAAUAUAACAGGGUGACUUGGUGUAAAUUUACAAGCAAAUACAGGUCACUCUAUAUCAUGUAAAUUUUGUUGCUAUAAGCAAAGGUCUUAACAAAUAAAUAACCUUUGUUUAGAAGGUUAUUCAAAAUUAUAUUAAUUUACUUUUAUGUAAAUAAAUAUUAAUUG